AUGCGCUUCCUUUCCCUCUAUAUCGUCUUUAUCUCAUUCUCACUCGCUCUCUUGCUUUCCGGGGGUGUCCAAGGCAUACCAGUCAGUGUCUCCAACCCCAAUGCGCCACCACGUCAUACGGAGGUGCAUAGGCGCGACGACUCGGGCCUUAUCCCUACCGUGCUUGGCAUCAUAUCGUCCAUUCUUCGCUCACUUAAUCUUCCAGUGGAAGCAGCGCAACCAGUACAGGACGCGAUGGACCGUGCGCAGAAUCUGACUUCUGGCCUGCCCCCCCUGUCAGCCUUACCAAUUCCACGGAACGCAGUAGAAGCGGUCGGCGUCGACAGUUCUUACUCUUCCUCGUCGACUGUUCAGGCAAACUCGACUGCCUCCCCUUCUCAGGCGUCAAACGUCGUCGCCUCUGCGUUGGGUGCUCAUCAGCAGGCUGGCUCGGCGCAUGCUUCAUUGACCAGCGCUUCUGGUUCGGUGCGUGUCCCCCUAGCUAGCGUCUCGGGAAAGCCUGCUCUUGCCGUGGUUCCUUCUCUCCCGGUAUCGGUGCCCGUCUCGAUUCCUUCACUCCCAGUAUCGGUGCCUGUCCCGAUUCCUUCUCUCCCAGUAUCGCCACCUAUCUCCGUCCCGAUCACCGCCGCAUCCCCCGUGCCCCCCAAGACCUCUGGUACAACCAAAGGCAAGAGGACUCACCACAGGGACUUCAUCGUGUUGAGCGAAUUUAAGAUCUUACGCCGCGACCUUGUCAAGCUGCGCCGGAGUACUGAGUAUCAAGUUCCGCCUUUUGAACAGACUCAUCUUCCAGCACGGAUAUACAAGGAAUUAAUAGUAAUAGUAAGAAUGGACGAGAGGUAG